CUGGCAUCCCUCCCCCUCCCCCAAUGGUCCCACUGGUGCCAAAAGCCGUGGCCGCGGAGGAUGACGGCCGAGCUGCACUCUUCGCCUCUAUCAAUAAGGGAACAGAUAUCACAUCCGGGCUCAAGAAGGUGGACCGCAACGCACCUCGUCUUCCACCAGGGGUGUGGACGCCACAGACAGUUAGAGAUGAACAGAAAACCCACAAAAACCCCAGUCUGCGUGAGGGACCAAAACCAUUCGUCAAGCAGACCGAGACUACCCCUGUCCGUGCACCCACUCGCGAGUCACCGGAACGCCCUCCCAAGUUUGCUCUUGAAGGGAAGAAGUGGUUUGUGGAAUACCAGAAAGACAAACCAAGUCUUGUGGUCGAUAAUGCUAGGAUGGAUCAUUCUGUGUACAUCUUCAAGUGCCAGAACACAGUGGUUCAAGUUAAGGGUAAAGUUAAUUCAGUCAUAUUAGACUCCUGUAAGAAGUCUGCUGUAGUAUUUGAUAACCUGGUGUCUUCUGCGGAGGUUGUCAAUUGUCAGUCGUGCAAGGUCCAGGUGAUGGGCAUUAUGCCAACCAUCACGAUUGAGAAGACCGAUGGUUGCCAUGUAUACCUGAGCAAAGAGUCUCUGAACACAGAGAUCAUUUCAGCCAAGUCCUCAGAAAUGAACAUCCUCAUCCCCAAAGAGGAUGGAGAGUUUGUAGAGUGUCCUGUUCCUGAGCAGUUCAAGACGGUGAUAAGGCCAUCCCG